GUAACACGGGGGGCUCCGGAAGAGGGGGCUUCUCUCUGCCACCCCACCUUCACUCCCACCACGGGCGCAAACCACUCGACCGGCGGGGAGGGGGCACCGCCCGCUGCCCCUCCCUCCCAGGAGGGCAGCCCCAGUGGCCGCCGCCCCCUUCAGCCGGGUGUCCGAUUACAGCCACGCAGGAAUCCCGGAGCGAGUGAGCAAGCGAGCCAGCCGGCCGGCCAGCCGGGGACGAAGAGGCGCAGCUCCCGCUGCCGGACUGAGGCGCGCCGCGUCCCUCCCCCUGUCGAGCAGCGGCCAGCAGACCCGCCAAGAUGGCGGAAGCGCACCAGGCCGUCGCGUUCCAGUUCACCGUCACUCCCGAGGGCGUGGAUUUCCGGCUGAGCCGCGAAGCCCUCAAGCACCUCUACCUGCUGAGCGUCUCCGCCUGGAAGAAGCGCUUUGCCCGCCUCAAGAACAAUAUCCUGACCGGUGUGUUUCCUGGCACACCUUCAGGCUGGCUGGCCAUCGUCAUAGCAACGGUGGGAUCCAUGCACCUCCAUGUUGAUGUGUCCAUGGGGCUGAUCUGCAGCAUCCGGAGACACCUGCCCGCCAGCUGCAGCUGCCUGAGCCUCCGCAGCCAAAACCUGCUGAGCGCGGUCCUCUUCUCCACCGGCGUCUGGAUCUCCGGGAUCUUCCUGUGCCGCAAGUCGCUCAAGCUGCUGCUCUCCUACCACGGCUGGAUGUUCGAGCCCCACGGCAAGACCAGCUACAGCACCAGGAUCUGGGUGGCCAUGGUGAAAGUGAUGUCCGGCCGCCACCCGCUGCUCUACAGCUUCCAGACCUCCCUGCCCAAGCUGCCCGUGCCCCACGUGGACGACACCAUCCGGCGGUACCUCGCCUCGGUCCGGCCCCUGAUGGACGACGCAAGCUACGCCCGCAUGGAGGCGCUGGCCCUGGACUUCCAGCAGCAGCUGGCCCCGCGGCUCCAGAAGUACCUCGUCCUCAAGUCCUGGUGGGCUACCAACUACGUGAGCGACUGGUGGGAGGAGUACGUGUACCUCCGGAGCCGGGCCCCCAUCAUGGUCAACAGCAACUACUACGUCAUGGACUUCCUGUAUGCCACCCCCACGCCGCUCCAGGCCGCCCGGGCGGGCAACGUCGUCCACGCCAUCCUGCUCUACCGCCGCCGGCUGGACCGCGAGGAGCUGGCGCCCGUGAUGGCGCUUGGGAUCGUGCCCAUGUGCUCCCAGCAGAUGGAGCGGAUGUUCAACACGACGCGCAUCCCUGGCAAGGAGACAGACACCCUGCUUCACCUGUCGGAGAGCCGACACCUGGCUGUCUACCACAAGGGCCGCUUCUACAAGGUGUGGCUGUACCACGCGGGGAGGCACCUCACGCCCCGCGAGCUGGAGAUGCAGUUCCAGCGAAUCCUGGAUGACCCGUCGCCUCCGGCCCCCGGCGAGCUGAAGCUGGCCGCCCUCACCGCUGGGGAGAGGUGUCCGUGGGCCGAGGCCCGUGCGGCGCACUUCAGCCGAGGCAGGAACAAGGCUGCGCUGGACUGCAUCGACCGGGCCGCCUUCUUCCUGACGCUGGACGAGGAAGCGCAGGGCUUCGACCCGGAGCGGGAGGACAGCCUGAGCACCUACGCCAAGAGCCUGCUGCACGGGCAGUGCUACGACAGGUGGUUCGACAAGUCCUUCAGCCUGGUGGUGUACCGCAACGGCAAGCUGGGCGCCAACGCCGAGCACUCGUGGGCGGACGCCCCCAUCAUCGGGCACCUCUGGGAGUUCAUGCUGGCCACAGACCGGUUCAGCCUGGGGUACUGCAGCGACGGGCACUGCCACGGCAUUCCUAACCCGGACCUGCCUCCGCCGCAGCGUUUGACGUGGGACAUCUCCGAGGAGUGCAGCAAGGCCAUCGACGCCUCGUACGGCGUGGCCAGGGCCCUCGCCGACGACGUGGACUUCCACUGCUUCCGCUUCCAGGAGUUCGGCAAAGGCUACAUCAAGAAGUGCCGGACCAGCCCGGACAGCUUCAUCCAGAUCGCCCUGCAGCUCGCGCACUUCCGGGACAAGGGCUGCUUCUGCCUCACCUACGAGGCUUCCAUGACGCGGCUGUUCCGGGAGGGCCGGACCGAGACGGUGCGCUCGUGCACCAGCGAGUCGACCGCUUUCGUGCGCAGCAUGGCGAAGGCCACCUGCAGCACCGCAGAGCGCCUGCAGCUGUUCAAGGUGGCGGCCGAGAAGCACCAGCAGAUGUACCGCCUGGCCAUGACCGGGGCCGGCAUCGACCGGCACCUCUUCUGCCUGUACGUGGUGUCCCGCUACCUGGGGCUGGACUCGCCCUUCCUCGCCAAGGUGCUGUCCGAGCCCUGGCGCCUCUCCACCAGCCAGACGCCGCAGCAGCAGAUCAAAAUGUUCGACCUGGAGUCCCAUCCGGACUGCGUCUCGUCCGGAGGCGGCUUCGGGCCAGUGGCGGAUGACGGCUACGGGGUCUCCUAUAUCAUCGCCGGCGAGAACCUGAUCACCUUUCACGUCUCCAGCAAGUUCUCCAGCUCCGAGACGGACUCCAAGCGCUUUGGGCAGAGCAUCCGCCAGGCCAUGCAGGACAUUGCGGCCCUCUUUGCCACGCCUGCCAGGAAGGUGGCCAACUGAGCCGGCCGCGCGCCGUGGGCCCACGUCAGCCGGAGCCACGCGGAAGCCGCCUCCCGGCCGCAGGGCCGGCUGAGGCAAAGAUCCUGCGCAGACCUCUCCGGGCCCUGCGCCGGCGCCGGGGGGCCCGGUCUUUCCAGCCCCGCCUGCGGCACCCCCGGUGCCGGUGGGGGGCAGCGCCGCGAAGCCCCUCACCGCGGAGGCCUGGCCUUGGCGUGAGGCGGGGGCGGAUUCCUGGGCUGCCCUGCCGAGAGCGCGCGAGGGCGACGCGGACUGGGGCCGGGCCGGGCCGGCGGGACGGGGCUUCGGCUUGCCUUGCCUUGUCUCCUGCCUGCCCGCCGAGGCGGCUCUGGGGGACCCCCGAUGCAAAAGAGAGUCGCUACACUUUGUGCCAAA